AUGUUGGCUGCUUUCAAUGAUAAUCAUGCACCUUUGUCUCUGAAGUUCCAGCCUGACAAUCCUUACUGUAAACCAGCGCGAGGUGUGGCCACCAGGUCUACCUCCCUGCUAGUGAAGGUCAAACACCGAUAUAGAAGGACUAGAGAUGGUGAUGAUGAGGCUAUUCCAGGAAGUGAGGAGUACUCUUCAGAGGUCCUGGGUGUGAUUGGACAAAAAUAUGAAUUUCCAUACCUUUGUGACUUUCAAUAUCUACCAUACGAUGGCAAGCCUGGUGGAGAAGCAUCAAGCCUGAUAGAAAAAGUACUGCCUUCUGCUGGUGAGGAUAUCAGUUACGUAGACAAAGACGUUCCCACCUUCAUGCUUCCGGAAAUCUUCUCAAAGUUUGACAAGCCCAUUGAGUACAACUACAAGGUGGGCCAACAGCUUCGGACUGUUCGAGAACAGCAGGAGACGCCAGACUUUGGAGCAAAACUUAUCCAGCACGGAAGGAACAAGAGGAACAACUUUGCCCAUGUGAUAUCCACCAUGGCUGAUUUUGAGGUUCCAAUGGAACCCCAUCCAGUUGCUGUUGACAAUCUGGAAUCUCAGAAACCAGGAACAGCUACUGAGGAAAUUAGGAAGGUGAGACAAGUUCAUUCAUACCAUUUUAGUUUGGGAAAUACUUUGCUACUUUCAUCAAUCACUUCAUUUGUGACCAGCCCACCCCAAACCAACUAUAGGUAGCCCAAAAUGAAUUUUGAUACUUUUUUUUAGUU